AUGUCCUGCUUCAGAAUUUCUAAAGAGGAUUCACAGCAUGCAGGUGAGGAGCUGAGGGCCCUGCGCAAAGGGAUUGACCCCACGACCUUAGGGGCUAAAGCCAUGUGCCUCUACCAGUAUGUGUUAUUUCUUUUAAUGUUAAUCUUUGGUUGCAGUGUGAAGAUUGCUCCUGGAGCUGUUGUCUGCGUGGAAAGUGAAAUCAAGGGAGAUGUAACUAUUGGACCUAGGACAGUGAUUCAUCCUAAAGCGCGAAUCAUUGCAGAAGCAGGACCAAUCGUGAUUGGUGAAGGCAACCUCAUAGAAGAGCAGACACUGAUCAUAAAUGGAUAUCCUGAAAACAUUACCCCAGACAUGGAAGAUGUGGAACCAAAACCAAUGAUCAUUGGCACCUAUAAUGUUUUUGAAGUUGGCUGCUGUUCACAAGCGAUGAAAAUGGGAGAUAACAAUGUAAUUGAAUCGAAAGCCUUCGUGGGCAAGAAUGUGAUUCUGACCAGUGGCUGCGUCAUUGGGGCCUGCUGCAACAUCAGCACGCACGAAGUGAUCCCGGAGAACACCGUGAUCUACGAUGCAAAGUGCCUUCGCCGAGUGCAGACCGAACGGCCACAGCCACAAACGCUGCAGCUGGAUUUCCUGAUGAAAAUCCUACCAAAUUAUCACCAUCUAAAGAAGACCAUGAAGAUGACAUCUACUCCUGCAAAGAGCUGAGAGUUUUCACCCUCCUCAGGUAUCAUUCCUUCCUCUGCAGAAGGAGUUGAUUUGGGAAUUUCCCCUCCCUUUCUAGCACUCCCCACGCACACAGGAAGUAGCCGAUCUUUCCUCCUGCAUUCCAUUCGGGGAAAACUGUUCUGUUUUGUUUUGACUAUUUAUAUUUAGUAAAAUAUCUGGAUCUGAAGUCUGGCGAUUGCCUGAGUUCUAAUAUUGUGCACGAUUCCUUCUAGGGAUUCCUUCUAAUGUCACCAGUUCCUCUUGUGAUAAGACAGAAAUUGUCUUUCAGAGGAGCACAGAAGUGGCAGAGGAUUAGAGAGUAUUCCGGGGCUUGUGUUAUGCUAUUAAUAAAGAUGCUACCCUCCCAA